UAAGUGAGAGUGCUCCGUCUCAAUCCGAAGGAAAAAAAGGACCGACAACGGCAGACUGUACAACAACAUUCAGAAAACGAAACAAGACAGUCGUGCUCUGCACAAAACAACACAAUUUCAUGUUUUCCUCUUUUCUUUCCCAAAUUCACUGUAUUCAACUUUGGGUGAAAUCAGUGUGAGAGAGAGGGUGUGGAAUGCAGAGACGCAAGUGGAUUCCGUUGGCGCUGCUCAGAAAGUUCCUCAUUGCAGCCAUAUGCUUCAUAGCGUUUAUCGCUCUCUUCUCUGCGCGCGUACACAUUGUCCCUUCCUCUAAGGAUCACAGGUUCAACGACAAGAUCUCCACGCCUCAGGAUCUGCAAAGCUGGACGCGAGAGCUCGCUCCACCUCAUUUAUCCAAGGCUCCACUUCCUACUCCCAAGUUAAAUGGUUCAAGAGGGUCUUUAGAUUAUCAGAAGCUGUGGAAGCCUCCAUCAAAUCGUGGGUUUCUGCCCUGUACAAAUCCUACACCUAAUUACACCACUCCUGCCAAGUCGCGAGGAUAUCUUUUAGUUCAUACAAAUGGUGGACUCAACCAAAUGCGUUCUGGGAUAUGUGAUAUGGUAGCAGUAGCUCGUAUCAUAAAUGCCACUCUUGUUAUUCCAGAACUUGAUAAAAGAUCAUUCUGGCAAGAUACUAGCAAUUUCUCUGAUAUUUUUGAUGAAGAGCAUUUUAUGUAUUCUCUAGCUAAUGAUGUAAAAAUCAUUAAGAAGCUUCCCCAAGAUCUGGUUAACGUAACCAGAGUGGUCAAGCAAUUCAUAAGCUGGUCUGGCAUGGAUUACUAUGAGAAUGAGAUUGCUAGCUUGUGGGAAAAUUACCAAGUUAUUCGAGCUUCUAAAUCUGAUUCACGAUUAGCAAACAACAAUCUACCUCCAGACAUUCAGAAGCUUCGCUGCCGAGCUUGUUAUGAAGCUCUUCGCUUCUCUCCUCACAUUGAACAAAUGGGAAAAUUGUUGGUGGAGAGGAUGAGGUCAUUUGGUCCUUAUAUUGCAUUGCAUUUGCGUUACGAGAAGGAUAUGCUUGCAUUUAGUGGGUGCACACAUGAUUUAUCUCCUGUUGAAGCUGAAGAGCUACGGAUGAUCAGAGAGAACAUUUCAUAUUGGAAAAUAAAAGACAUUGAUCCAAUAGAACAGAGGUCCAAAGGGCUUUGCCCCUUAACUCCAAAGGAAGUUGGGAUUUUUCUCACUGCCCUUGGAUACCCAUCAACAACUCCAAUAUACAUUGCUGCUGGAGAGAUAUAUGGGGGUGAGUCUCAUAUGGUUGAACUGCGUUCCCGCUAUCCAUUGUUAAUGAGCAAGGAAAAAUUGGCAUCCAUAGAAGAGCUUGAACCCUUUUCUAACCAUGCAUCCCAAAUGGCUGCUCUUGACUAUAUUGUAUCUAUUGAAAGUGAUGUAUUUAUACCUUCUUAUUCUGGAAACAUGGCAAAGGCUGUUGAGGGUCAUCGACGUUUUCUUGGACGUGGAAGAACAAUAUCUCCAGACAAGAAAGCCCUUGUUCGUCUGUUCGAUAAACUAGAUCAGGGAAUAAUGACUGAGGGGAAGAAACUAUCAAAUAGGAUUAUUGAUCUCCACAGAAGACGACUUGGCUCUCCCAGGAAGAGAAAGGGGCCAAUUUCUGGAACAAAGGGCAUGGAAAGGUUUCGCUCAGAAGAGACCUUUUAUGCUAAUCCCUUGCCUGAUUGUUUAUGCCAGACAGAACCACCACCUCUAAACAUUUCUCGUACUGUUUGAUAGAUCAGAUAUUGCUGAACUUUCUCCUUGGAAAUGGUGGCGCACGUGUAAAUCAUUUAGCAAAGUUUGAGCAAAAGAUCUGAUGAGUGCAGCGGGAAGGUGUGGUACUGUGGUGGCAGAGUGUACAUACCGGUAUCCCUGUUACACGUACCCUUUAAUUUGGGGGGUAAAAAUAAUGGAAAUGAAAAAGAAAGGAAAAAAAAACAAAACCAUAUUUGGGUUUUGAUAUAAAAAAAUUAUAGAUUGGGAUGAGUAGUUCUUGGGUCUAGGGUAGGAUGGAGAUUUGAGAUGACUGGAUUGGUUUGUUAUUUGAAGAUGACUUAAUUAUGAAGACAGGUAGAGAUUUCAGAUACGGCCAGGGAUCUCAAUCACCCGUUAUUGUAUUUCUUCUUGAGAAAUCUUACAUAGUUCCACAUUUUUGUAAGACAACAAAAUCUAGCAUUAUUUUAUUUUUACUUCUGGCGUACUUUUAUUUAUUUAUUUA